GACAGUCAUAAAUGGACUAAACCUGAAGGGAACAAGACAUUGUCAAGUCCUUUGAUGUUUGAAUGUCGGCUGUUAUUGGCUGAAGCUGUUGGUAUUCAAAGCAAUCCACGGACUUGAAAUGGAACUUGUUCUUCGAGGAUUGAAGUUCAUUCUAGCGGUGGCUUGUUUGAUUGGGUUUGUAUGGCAGAUUUUGGAUCUCCUAGAAAAAUGGAUUGGGGCCAAAACAACGGAAUCUAGUACUUGGAGCUCUUUUCAAACGAUGCCUUUCCCCACGUUGUUAAUUUGUGACUACGAGGGUUUUAUCGAAACUCAACCAUUCUACCACGAAGAUUACAGGGGUAUUGCUCGUAAGGUUGAAGUGCAGGUCAUGCCUUUGGAGGGAACGCAAGUCAUUCCAAACCAUACGGUCAAAGAGUUUCCAACAAUUUACAGUGGAAUAUGUCAGCUGGUCACAUUCAUCGAUGAAUAUCCACCAUUCUCGCCCAUUCAACUGGCUUUGAGAGCUAAGAUUUCGCACGUUGUCUAUUUUCUGACCCCGGGAAUGGAAUUUUACUACAUAAUGCACGCCAUUAUCAGAGCCCAGCCCGAAGUUGUCGUCGAACAUCCUACUCAAAUUGAGAUCUCCGUGCAGCAAGAUAUCAAGAAGGAUCUGCCUUGUUUGGAGGGUAUCUCGGACGAGGACCAAGCAGAAUGCAUGCGUGGGAAAGUCCGGCGAAACAUUGACAUUUUUAACACAACAUGCUUUUCCUACCCGGUUUGGUAUCAUUUUCCUGAAGGCAAACUGUGCAAUUCCACUGAGGAUUUGCAAAAUAACUUCUGGGUGGCCGCCAACAUUCACACGGUCCCGGCUUAUGCCUAUAAAGAGGAGGGUUGUUUCCUGCCUUGUCAGAGGACAACUUAUGCAAUACACGCCGUACCUUUUGGAGACCGUGCAACUAAAAGCGAGGAUUGGUUCACCCUGGAUCUUUUAUUCACCACUGAUUUGAUCAACAUUAAGAGUCGUGUCUCUUUGACUUACUUCUCAAUGAUAAUUGCGAGUAUUGGUGGAGCCAUGAACUUGUUUCUAGGCCUCUCGGCAUUCACAGUACUUCUGGACUUCAUUAACAAGAUGCAUGAUGCUUGGCAAAAGCGAAUGACAGCCAGACAAGCAUCAGUGGCAGUGAAAACGCCUGAAAUUCAAAUAGUGAAACCUGUAAUGCUGUUUUGAAUCUUGUGGCUCUUUUCUAACAUUGCAUCUAAAAAGUAAGCAUAUGUAAUGUUCAAAUAUUUCUUCACCAAAUGCAAUUGGACUGCACACACAGUUUUUUUAGAGACAUGGAUGAAAAUUUCGUGUUAAUGAAUAAAACACAUUGAAAUGAA